AUGAUCAGAUCUCCACUCAGGGCCAAGACCAACUCGUUUGGCGGUCCACAAUACGAUUUCCAAUUCCCCAGUUCGGAAAGUAUCCAGAACGAUAUUCUCGAUCAAUACCACAUGUCUAAUCACCACAUCCUGAAUAGCACGCUGCUGCAUCGCGACAAUGCUUCUAAUGUUUUUUCUGACAAAUCAGCCGGGUCCUCAAAUGGUAUCGAAAGCGCUACCUAUUCUUUUGCAAAUAUUUCCGACAACACCACGAGUCGUAGGUUUGGCGCACUUGGCAACAAAAGACCUUCACAGGCCUCAUCAUGGGCUUCCGGGGCUUCGGCGGCCAAUCAGAAGUAUCCUUCAACUCUCGCACCAAGAACUGGUGCUCACGAAAAUUUACGGAGUGCCUCUUUCCAAGCUCGAAGGUCGGAGAGUGCUGCUUUUCUGCGUAGAAGAAGGUCGCCAGAUUUGAAUGGGCAACACUCAAUUUCGACUGAUGCUUGCACAAUUCCAACUGCUGACAAUGAGUCUUUCCAGAUCACAUUCGAAUCCAGUAAGAGCGCAAAGUCACUUGUGAGUUUCCAGAAGGGCUCUAAACCUCGACGUCCAUCAUCUUCAACCAACAAAGCUAUUAUGACACAGAGAAACCCUUCAUCUUUGGGAAGAGCCUCUACUUCAAAUCGUUCUACUUCAAAAUUAAAGAGAUCACAGGCUAUCCGGUGCAAGGGCGGGUUGCUUCAAUUUUUCAACAAGGUGGGAUCCAGAGUAAAAGCAAGAGUUUGCCGCUGGAGGUUAGCAGUAAGGAAGAAACUUUUUACUUUCAAAUCAAGACGUUUAGCCAAGAAAAACAAGCAGCAGACUACUUCCCACUUGAAAAGGGCAAAUGGAUACGUUUCCAAUAUUGAGAGAACAAUGUCUAAUGCUUCACUCAGAAAAGUUAGCGAGAAACGCCCGGAAGUAUGCAAGCCAGGCACAGAUGAUAGCGCACCGACCAGGAAUUCGACAGGUCAGACUCAGCGCACCGUACACGACCAGCCAAAAACAAGCCGAACCUCUUUGAGACGAUCUCCUUCAUCUAUCAAACGAGCAGCUUCAAGCUUAAACCGUGCAAAUUCUAGUGCUAACGCUAGCUCCGACGGCGCUAGGCUGGACAGCCUGGAUUCUAACUCUCGACCAAAAAUCGUCAGAUCAGACCCUUCAAUGUCAUUGAACUCAAUCAUCCGGCAACCAUCGAUUGUGGUCAACAAUAAAGUGAUACCUCUCAGCCGGUUCAACGGGGAAAUGAAUGAUUUUAGUAUAAAAGAAGAAGACGAGGAUGAAUAUGUGAUCGAUACCGAUUACAUGAGGAGAAGUGAUGAUAAUAUAAGCGAUUUUUCGACCUCCAGCUCAAGCAGUAAUGAAGAGGAUUACAAAGACUCCUUAGAGACACCGCUUCCUAUGACUUUUGAAUCUCACGAUGAAAAGGCUACAACUGCCUCAAACUCUUGGAAUCACUAUCUGCGGGCAGUAGUGGCUCAACGUAUCUUGAUGAGAAUCCAGAUCCACAAGUUCCAAGAGUCAGGUGAAGACGUAGUACGCCAACAGCUUAUCGACGCUAUUAUUACGGAUUACGACGACAAUUCCUCGAGCCACUACGAGACCGAUGUUGAGACAGACUCCACGCCACUAACAGCUCUAAGUGGUUCAGAAAAAUGUCUAUCAAGAACAGAUACGUCGGGCGGAUACUCGAAUGCCAAUGACAGCAUAUUGUCGCUAAGACCAUUUCAAGGUGCUCUUCACCAGAAUGUCAAAAGGUCGCUCACUUUACCAAUGGGCUUUAGAGUCUAG